ACAAUAUGGUAUAGCGUAAAAAAUACGAUAAUUAUCAAUAAAAAUAUGUAUGUGAACCUUAAGUAGUGGCAAUACUAAAUCACGUAUUGAUCGGUUAAACCAAUAGUUCUUAGCCAAAAUAAUUUACUGCAGUCCCUUGCGUAUACAUUCGUUGCCUCAAUGGGUUGUAGGAAACCCGAAACAGUCUAUUGAUUGCACGCUGACGUCACGUCAAUCAACGUGAAUCAUUAUUGUCAUAACAUUGCAGUUAUAUAGAAAAUUAAAUUAGUUUAAAAUGUCUGCAAUGCGCAUGAAAGCAGCAAAAUGUCCUUCGGACGAAUUAGCAGUCACCAACUGCGCUCUUAUCAACCCGGAUGAUUUUCCCAGUGAUGUUAAACAUGUUGAGAUCACUACUGGGCCUUCACAGCACUUUGUCUUCAGCGUCAGGUUUUACAACGGGGUUGACCGAGGUACGGUUGGUUUCUCAGCACCUCAAAGGAAAUGGGCCACUUUGUCCAUUGGACAGAGCAUUGAUGUGAAGCCUUUUAAGCCCCAAAGCGCUGAUUGCUUAUGCAGUGUUACAUUAGAAGCAGAUUUCAUGUUAAAGAAGACAACAUCUUUGGAGCAGUAUGACUCGGAACAGAUGGCUCGUGACUUUCUCAUUCAAUUCUCGAAUCAAAUAUUUACAGUUGGACAGCAACUUGCUUUUUCAUUCCAGGAGAAGAAAGUGUUAUCGCUUAUUGUUAAGAAUCUGGAAGCUGUGGAUGUACAAGCUUUAGCUGCUGGAACUAAAGCAGUGCCUCGUCGAGUCAGGAUGGGCAGGUUGCUUCCCGAUGCCUGCAUACAAUUUGAUAAGGCAGAGAACUCUUCUCUUAACCUUGUUGGCAAAGCUAAAGGCAAACAGCCACGUCAAUCCAUCAUCAACCCAGACUGGGAUUUCGGCAAAAUGGGAAUCGGUGGUUUGGACAAAGAAUUCAACGCAAUUUUCAGAAGAGCUUUCGCUUCUCGCGUCUUCCCACCAGAAGUUGUUGAGCAAUUGGGCUGCAAACACGUAAAGGGUAUACUUUUAUAUGGCCCGCCUGGUACUGGUAAAACUUUAAUGGCACGACAAAUCGGCAAAAUGUUAAACGCAAGGGAACCCAAAAUUGUAAAUGGUCCUCAAAUCUUGGACAAAUAUGUCGGUGAGAGUGAGGCCAACAUCAGAAGAUUGUUUGCGGAUGCUGAAGAAGAAGAGAAAAGGUGCGGGCCAAAUAGCGGUCUUCACAUAAUAAUCUUCGACGAAAUCGACGCUAUAUGUAAAGCCAGAGGCUCGGUCGGAGGGAACACCGGGGUCCAUGACACUGUUGUUAACCAACUACUAUCUAAGAUCGAUGGUGUGGAUCAAUUGAACAAUAUUUUGGUGAUCGGGAUGACGAACAGACGAGAUAUGAUUGACGAGGCUUUGCUUAGACCUGGUCGUUUAGAGGUUCAGAUGGAAAUAGGUUUGCCUGAUGAGAAUGGUCGCGUUCAGAUUUUGAACAUCCAUACUAAACGUAUGAAGGAAUACAAGAAGAUUGCUGAGGAUGUCGACUGCAAGGAACUAGCGACCCUGACUAAGAACUUCUCCGGUGCGGAGCUCGAAGGUCUAGUACGCGCGGCUCAGUCCACUGCUAUGAACCGACUCAUCAAAGCGUCCACCAAGGUGGAAGUGGACCCCGAGGCUAUGGAGAAGCUCAUGGUGGAAAAGGGAGACUUCCUACAUGCAUUAGAAAAUGAUGUUAAACCAGCAUUUGGUACAGCCGCAGAAGCCUUAGAAAACUUCCUGAUGCGUGGCAUUAUUAACUGGGGAAAUCCAGUUACAUCCCUCUUAGAAGAUGGACAAUUGUAUAUCCAGCAGGCAAGGGCGACAGAAACCAGUGGUCUAGUAUCGGUGUUGUUAGAAGGACCACCCAAUAGUGGAAAGACGGCACUCGCUGCAGAACUGGCUAAACUAUCUGACUUCCCAUUUGUCAAGGUUUGCUCGCCCGAAGAUAUGGUCGGCUAUACUGAAACUGCCAAAUGUUUACAAAUCCGAAAGUACUUCGACGACGCGUAUCGUUCAACUUUGUCUUGCAUCCUGGUUGAUAAUAUCGAGCGUCUCCUCGACUACGGUUCCAUCGGCCCGCGGUACUCUAACCUCACGUUGCAAGCUCUACUUGUGCUGCUUAAGAAACAGCCACCUAAAGGCAGAAAACUACUCAUUUUGUGUACCAGCAGUCGGAGACAAGUCCUGGAGGACAUGGAAAUGCUGUCAGCUUUCACCGGCGUGCUGCACGUGCCCAACCUGUCGCAGCCCGAGCACGUCAUGGCCGUGCUGGAGCAGAGCGACGCCUUCUCGCGCCGCGACCUCGCCACCAUCCAGCGCGACCUGCGCGGCGCCAAGAUUUUCAUUGGCAUCAAGAAGCUUUUAGCCCUAAUCGACAUGGUGAAACAAACCGACGAGGAUUCGAGAGUAUUCAAAUUCGUCACAAAGAUGCAAGAAGAGGGCGGUCUCGACCUUGGGACCUCCGUACAAUAA